AUGGCUUCAGUGUGGAAGAGACUGCAGCGUGUAGGAAAACAUGCAUCCAAGUUCCAGUUUGUGGCCUCCUACCAGGAGCUGAUGGUCGAGUGCACCAAGAAAUGGCAACCAGAUAAAUUGGUGGUAGUUUGGACAAGAAGAAGCCGAAGGAAGUCUUCUAAGGCACAUAGCUGGCAACCUGGAAUAAAAAAUCCAUACCGUGGUGUUGUAGUAUGGCCUGUUCCUGAAAACAUUGAAAUCACUGUGACACUUUUUAAGGAUCCUCAUGCAGAGGAGUUUGAAGAUAAAGAGUGGACAUUUGUCAUCGAAAAUGAAUCCCCUUCCGGUAGAAGGAAAGCUCUUGCUACUAGCAGCAUCAACAUGAAACAGUAUGCAAGCCCUAUGCCAACUCAGACUGAUGUCAAGUUAAAAUUCAAACCAUUGUCUAAAAAAGUUGUAUCUUCCACUCUCCAGUUUUCAUUGUCUUGCAUUUUCCUCCGGGAAGGAAAAGCCACGGAUGAAGACAUGCAAAGUUUGGCUAGUUUGAUGAGUAUGAAGCAGGCUGAUAUUGGGAAUUUAGAUGACUUUGAAGAAGAUAAUGAAGAAGAUGAUGAGAACCGAGUGGACCAAGAGGAAAAGGCAGCAAAAAUUACAGAGCUUAUCAACAAACUUAACUUUUUGGAUGAAGCAGAAAAGGAUUUGACCACUGUGGCUUUAAAUCCAUUUGGUGAUCCUGAUGUAACAGAAUUAAAUCCAUUUGAAGAUCCUGACUCAGAAGAACCCACCACUGAAACAGUAUCACCUAAAAAAACAGAAGAAUCAUUUUAUAAUAACAGCUAUAAUCUCUUCAAAGAGAUACAAACUCCACAAUAUUUAAACCCAUUUGGAGAACCAGAAACCUUUGAAACUAUAAAGGAUUCUCCUCCCCAGUCAACAAAAAGAAAAAAUAUAAGACCUGUGGACAUGAGCAAAUACCUCUAUGCUGAUAGUUCUAAAACUGAAGAAGAGGAGUUAGAUGAAUCAAAUCCUUUUUAUGAACCUAAACCAACACCUCCUCAAAAUAAUUUGAUAAAUCCAAUUCAAGAGCUGGAAACUGAAAAGAGAGUGAAACGAAAAGCCCCAGCCCCACCAGUCGUCUCACCAAAGAUGGGAGGAGUAAACGAAAAUGCAGUUGUUUCUGCAGGAAAAGAUCUCUCCACUUCUCCUAAGCCAAGUCCUAUACCAAGUCCAAUUUUGGGGCGAAAGCCAAAUGCCAGUCAGUCAUUGCUUGUAUGGUGCAAAGAAGUUACGAAAAACUACCGGGGAGUAAAAAUCACAAAUUUUACUACAUCAUGGAGAAAUGGUUUAUCUUUUUGUGCAAUAUUACACCACUUUAGACCGGAUUUAAUUGACUACAAGUCUCUGAAUCCUCAAGAUAUUAAAGAGAACAACAAAAAGGCAUAUGAUGGAUUUGCCAGCAUAGGAAUUUCUCGGUUAUUGGAACCUUCUGACAUGGUCUUAUUAGCAAUUCCUGACAAACUGACUGUUAUGACUUAUCUCUAUCAAAUAAGGGCACAUUUCAGUGGCCAAGAACUAAAUGUUGUUCAGAUAGAGGAAAACAGCAGUAAAAGCACAUAUAAAGUUGGAAACUAUGAAACAGAUACAAACAGUUCUAUUGAUCAAGAAAAAUUCUAUGCAGAGCUUAGUGAUCUGAAACAGGAACCUGAACUGCAGCAGCCUACCAGCACAGCCAUAGACUUCUUAUCACAGGACGACUCUGUAUUUGUAAAUGAUAGUGGGGUUGGAGAGUCAGAAAGUGAACAUCAGACUCCUGAUGAUCAUCUUAGUCCAAGCACAGCCUCCCCCUACUGUCGCAGGACUAAAAGUGACCCAGAACCCCACAAGUCCCAGCAGAGCUCUGGAAGGACGUCAGGCUCCGAUGACCCAGGAAUAUGUUAUAAUACGGAUUCAACUCACGCGCAAGUUUUGUUAGGCAAGAAGAGACUAUUGAAAGCUGAUACUUUAGAAUUAAGUGAUUCGCAUGUUUGUGAUAAAAAGAAGGAUGUGUCUCCACCGUUUAUUUGUGAGGUGACAGGCGAGCCAAAGCCUCAGACUCUGGACAUCAGUAGUAACUUGGAGCAAGAAAAACUAGAGAAUUCUAGACCCUUAGAAUGCAGAUCAGAUCCUGAAUCACCUAUCAAAAAAACAAGUUUAUCUCCCACAUCUAAACUUGGAUACUCAUACAACAGAGAUGCAGAUCUUGCGAAGAAAAAGCGUUCUUCCCUGAGGCAGACAGAGUCUGAUCCAGUUACAGAUAGAGCCACUUUAAAUCAUUCAGAUCAUUCUGCAAAAACAGUCCAGCAACGAAUGUUAUCUCGGCAAGAAGAACUUAAAGAAAGAGCAAGAGUUCUGCUUGAGCAAGCAAGAAGAGAUGCCUCUUCAAAGGCAGGGACUAAGCAAACUACCAACGCAGCCACAGUACUCUGCAACAGGCAGCUAAGUGAUCAGCAAGAUGAAGAGCGACGUCGGCAGCUGAGAGAGAGAGCUCGUCAGCUAAUAGCAGAAGCUCGAUCUGGAGUGAAGAUGUCAGAACUUCCCAGCUAUGGUGAAAUGGCUACAGAAAAGUUGAAAGAAAGGUCAAAGGCAUCUGGAGAUGAAAAUGAUAAUAUUGAGAUAGAUACUAACGAGGAGAUUCCUGAAGGCUUUGUUGUAGGAGAUGGAGAUGAACUUACUAACUUAGAAAAUGACCUUGAUAUUCCUGAACAAAAGACUAAGUUGGUGGACUUGAAGCUGAAGAAGCUCCUAGAAGUUCAGCCACAGGUGGCAAAUUCACUUUCCAGUGCUUCUCAGAAAGUUAUAACUGAGAGCUCAGAGCAAAACAUUAAGAAUGGCACAGAAGAUCUCCGGGCUGAGCAAUUACAAAAAGCGACAGAAAGAUUUAGAAAUCCUGUUGUGUUCAGCAAGGAUUCUACAGUCAGAAAAACUCAACUUCAGUCUUUCAGUCAAUAUGUUGAGAAUAGACCAGAUAUAAAAAGACAGAGAUCAAUACAGGAAGAUACAAAGAAAGGAAAUGAGGAGAAGGCAGCGAUAACUGAAACUCAGAGGAAGCCAUCAGAAGAUGAAGUGCUUAAUAAAGGGUUCAAAGACACCAGUCAGUAUGUUGUAGGAGAGUUGGCAGCACUAGAGAAUGAGCAAAAGCAAAUUGACACCCGUGCCGCGCUGGUGGAGAAGCGCCUCCGCUAUCUCAUGGACACAGGAAGAAACACUGAAGAAGAAGAAGCUAUGAUGCAGGAAUGGUUUAUGUUAGUUAAUAAGAAAAAUGCCUUAAUAAGGAGAAUGAACCAGCUCUCUCUCCUGGAAAAAGAGCAUGACUUAGAACGAAGGUAUGAGCUGCUGAACCGGGAAUUGCGGGCAAUGCUAGCCAUUGAAGACUGGCAGAAGACGGAGGCCCAGAAGCGACGCGAGCAGCUCCUGCUGGAUGAGCUGGUGGCCCUGGUCAACAAGCGGGACGCGCUCGUCCGGGACCUGGACGCCCAGGAGAAGCAGGCCGAGGAAGAAGAUGAGCAUUUGGAGCGAACUCUGGAGCAAAACAAAGGCAAGAUGGCCAAGAAAGAAGAGAAGUGUGUUCUUCAAUAG